UCAGUUUUAUGCAAAUAUUUUCGUGGGGAGGUGAAUUGAAUUUCCAAAACAACAGACUAAUUGUUUGAUUUUACGAUAUUUAUCAUGGAUAAGGAAUGUAUUUCAGUACUUUAAGUUUGCUGAGAUAUCUUACUUGAAUAAUGGGUGGAUGUUGUUCAUCGCAGUUCGGAUGUUGGUGUGGCCCGGCUUCGUGUGGUUUGUGCUGUAGUGGAUGCAAGCCAAUCAAUGAGUCAACAGGAACCAGGAUUAUGUAUACAACUUUCCUGACACUAGGAUUCUUAGCUUGCUGUCUCAUGCUUUCACCACAGCUGCAUGAUCAUGUCUCUAAUAAUGUUGGAGGUUUUAAUGAAACAUGUGUGAUGCUAGGUAUUGGUGAGAAUUGCUCCAUGUUGAAAGGUUACAAGGCAGUUUACAGAAUUUGUAUAGGAAUGGUUGCAUUUAGUUUACUUCUUAUGAUUAUAACAGUAUGUGUACCUAAUAGCAACCAGUGGAGAGGACAUAUACAUAAUGGUUACUGGUUGUUCAAGUUGAUAUUGUUGAUAUGUUGCUGUACUGGUGCAUUUUUCAUACCAACAGGAUUCUCAAUUUAUUGGAUGUAUGUAGGAAUGGCUGGAGGAUUUAUCUUUAUUUUACUUCAGCUGAUUCUACUGGUAGACUUCACUCAUGCAUGGAACGCAAAAUGGUUGCAAUACAAUUCUGAGACAGGAAAGAAGAGUACCUGUGGCUACAUUGGUACCCUUUUUUGUGCCACCCUGUUUUAUGUUAUUGCCAUAGGAGGGGUAAUAUUACUGUACUUCAACUAUACUAGGCUACAUGGAUGUCAAACUAACAAGAUAUUUAUUCUUGUCAAUGCUGGUCUGUGUGCCAUCUUAUCAUUCUUCACCCUACUUCCUGUCACACAAAAAUGUAAUCAGAAUGCUGGGUUGUUACAGUCAUCAGUGAUCACAUUAUAUGUGAUGUAUCUAACAUGGUCUGCUCUCACCAGUGAACCUCCAGAAGAAAUCUCGUUCAUAGAAUCAAUAAAGACACAGGUAGCAUUGAGUAUGUUAGCUAAACCUGCAGAUGGUGUUGAAGAACUGGAGGAUCCUCAUAUUGGAUCUGUGAGUGGACCAGAGGAGCACAUGAUACCAUCAUCUAUGAACAGUACUCAACUAUGUCGACCAACUGAUGUAGAUCCACAACGGGAGAUGAUUGCAGCAUAUGCUGGGCUCUUUAUUAUGUUUGUGAUGGCUGUAUUUGCAAUUGUGAGUACAUCAGGAGACUCUCAUAAACUAGGAGUUAGAAGAUCUGCCCGGCAGACAGUGGACACUUAUGAUUGUUGUUGUUGCUGUAAAGUUAGACAAAGAUAUAACCCAUCAGAGGCUGGAGGACAAAAAGUUUUGUACAAUGAGGCAGAUGGAGUUAUUUAUAGCUACGCAUUUUUUCAUUUUAUAUGUUGUACAGCCAUUCUGUACAUUAUGAUGCAGCUAACUAAUUGGUACCGUCCAGCAGGGUCAGAUAUAAACAGAUUUGGUUUGAACUGGGCCGGUGUUUGGGUGAAGAUAGCCUCGUCUUGGACUUGUGUAGCAAUUUAUCUAUGGACUCUCUUCCUGCCACGUUGCUGGAUGGGACGAGACCAAACGUUCGCCUCGGGCAACUUUGACAGGGUUGAUGGUGGAGAACAGGAAAACUUACGUUGUGAAGAAGUUGUAGCAUCCAGGGAAUCUGUAUUGUAGACAUGUUAUUGUAGUGAAAGCAUCAAUAAGUGUAUUAAAACAUCAUUGAGGGUCAUUGCUAUAAUUAUAGCAUAGUUUAUUACAAAAGUAAUAUACUGCUUAAAUCUUAUAUAUUAACAUACCAGAUAUGAUCAGGAUCUGUCUGAUAAUCUUUUUGUAACACUUUUGCCACAAUCUUAAUGCCUAUGCAUUAGAUACAGGAUUGUAUAUUAUGUGCAGCAUGGCCUAGGGAACAUUUUCCAAAUUGAUCAGAAUAUGAUCCCAGUGACAAAGUAAACAUUACCAGGCAGUCACUCGUUUUGUGAGUAUAUACUCAUGUAAAUGGAACAAAGUUGCUAGAUAUGAUACAUAAAUGUAGAUGUCUCGGGUGACUUUUUGAAGAAUCUCUAUUCUUGAUUUAUCUAGUUAUCAAGUAGUUUUUUUUUGUAGUUUUUUUUUGGUAAUAAAUUUUUGGAAGAGAUGUGAAGAUCUUUAAAUGAUUUAAAAGCACAGCCUGAUUUAGGAACUAAUUUAAUAAAUUGAUUGAAAUGUUUUGCUCAAUAUAUGAGUUUUGAAAGAAAGGAAAUAUUCAUUCAACCUUUAAUCAUUUGUCAGUUUUUACUAAUGGAACCAUAAUAUUUCAUUUAUAAAUAAGAGAACUUUUACUCAGAAUAUUUCGUGAUUCAAAUACAUAUACCAUAAAAGUCAAUAAGUUUAGUUAGAAUCCAUUCUACCAUUACCUUUCAGGGAAAAGUUUAUAAAACAUUUUAUAUGUUCUUGUUGACAUGUAUUGCAUGUGCAAUUCAUAUUAUAUUGUCUUCAUGUAAAACAUUUACCCUUAUAUUUUGGAUUCAUGUUAUUACCGCCCAUCAAAGAUAUAGAGAUAUAGAUUUGGGGUUGUCUUUUCCACUGUUUGUCUCUCUGUCUUUCCACUUAUUACACAAUACCGAAAAGGACAGGGGGCCAUCAAACUGUAAACAGAAGUUCAUUUAGUAACAAUAGGGGAAAGGGCCAAUGGUCAGAGGUUAAACAAAAGAAAGUAACAAAAGAAAUGGCACAUCAUCCUAAUCUGGUCACAUGUCUGUACGUUGCCCACUUGGAAAUUGCCCAUCGUAUAUUAAACUUUUUUCAGUUUUAAAUAUUUAACUUUAUAUGUGGUUACAACUCAUUGAGAAGAAGUGCUGUGUGUAAGAACUAUAACUCUUUUUUGCAAAGUUUUGGAGUAUGUGCUAUUCUUUAUUUUUGUAUUGAGCAUAACUAGAAAACUAUGGCAGGUAUAAUCUUGAAACUUUAUAGAUUGAUAAAUCACAUAUAGAAAAGGAAAGUUUAUUAGAACCAUUACUGCGAACGCCAGUAAGUAAGUAGUAUUAGAACCAUAACUCUCUCUUGCAUAAAUUUGGAGUUAUCACCCUUUGUAUUUUUUACAUUUUAUAUUUCUCGGAUCAAAACUUUAUACAUUGAUAGAUCUUAUUAAGGAAAACAACAUUGUGCAAAACCAUAAUUCUCUUUUGCAUAAUUAAAGACUUAUGCCCCUUUGCAUAGGAACAGUAACUCUUAGAAUUGAAUAUAAUAUUUAUGAUCUGACGUACAUAAUACUAAGAAGUCUCAAUUAAACCAGGAUAUCAAUUAGAUUAUUUUUCCUGUUUUGAUUUGAUAGUGUGCUUAUGUUAUCUGAUAGGGUGCAAAUGAAAAAUAUCAACUUUUAUUUUUUUUCUCAUAGCCUUACUUAUAUUACGCAAAGGGAUACAUUUUGUAUGAAAUACUUUACAUUUAUGUGCCUUAUUUUUCUAUUAUAAUAUUUCUGUAGAUUGCCUGUGCAAUUUUUAGCAUCAUUUUAAUGAUUUAUAUCUGUUUUCUUAUUUUAUUGUUUACUUGUUGAAUGAUCACUUUUUGUAUACCACAUUUUCAUUAUGACAUUUUAUAAGUCUCUCAUUCACAGCUGCAUUUAUCACUUGUAAUUAUUUUCUCUUAUUCACAGCUGCGCUUUUUUACAUGUUUUAUAAAUACACAACUGUAUUUAUAGCUUAAAGAUGCAAUUUAUUGUUUGAACAUAAACUGUUAUAUACAGUACAAACUAUAGUUUUUAGGUGAGUCAUAAUUUUUGCCUAUGUAUUUUUCUUAACAUUUUUUGAUAUGUUAAACAUGAUGAUUACAUAUGCCACAUAGUUUUUAAUGCUCUGUAAGGGAUAUAGUUUCUACUUUGUCUUUAGUUUUUAAUGCUCUGUAAGGGAUAUAGUUUCUACUUUGUCUUUCUGUUGUUUUUUUCACAAACUACUGUUUCUCAAAGCACCUAUAUCAUUAACUGAUAUCUUAGAUACAUGAUGUGAUAUGUAACUAUGAUAGAUAAAUGAUGUAAUAUGACUGAUAUCUGAGAUAUUUGAUGUAAUAUGACUGAUAUCUUAGAUAUUUGAUGUAAUAUGACUGAUAUCUGAGAUAUUUGAUGUAAUAUGACUGAUAUCUUAGAUAUUUGAUGUAAUAUGACUGAUAUCUGAGAUAUUUGAUGUAAUAUGACUGAUAUCUUAGAUAUUUGAUGUCAUAUGA